AGACACACACACACAGACUGCAAGAGGAAUGAUGCUUGAAUCCAUCCGUGUCACUGAAAAACUUCACUGGCCUGAGCAAGAGCUCUCUAAAAAGUCAGUCUUAAAUCCAGAAGAACAUAAGCUGACCAUUCAGAAUGAAAGCAGUCUUCAGCACCUGUCCUCUGGAAUCCUUAAGGAUAUUUUCACAACAGGAACCAGUAGCUACAAUGUCCUUCUGCAAAGCAAAGAGGAGAAAAAACACCACUCUCAAAAGCUGUCAUCUGCCUACCACAAGAGGCACAGAAAGUCCACCAAGUCUUCUACUACCUCGCGAAGCAACGAGCACCGCAAGAUCAAAGUCCCACUGCCUUUGCUCAGCAGUGGCUGGUAUUGCAUGAACAGGCAGCCAUCCAUCUUUAUCGCUAGCCCAGUGUCUAGCAGUGCAAAGUUUACACACAGUAUUUCUGUUGCCGGGAACAGCAUAGGACUGCCACCUCGACCCAAAAGCAAGGCUAAGAGACAUUAUUUUUCUAGUCUAACAAAGCCAAAGCAGCCUCAAUUGUCAAAAAGCCAUGGUAAAGAGGUAGAUGUCUCUGGCCGAAAACUCUGUAUACUAACUGCCAUCAAGCCUUCCAAUGUGGAAAAAGAGAAGAUUAAAUUCUUCAAGUCCGAUUUUACCUAUAAUCCUCAAUUUGAAUAUGCAAAUCCUGCAUUGCCAAAUGUGUUAGCUAAGCACAGCCAAGCAUCCAACAAGUUUCUUAAACAGUCUGUCAAUAUUAUGGAACGGACAUUGCAGAAAUAUGGAAGCUAUGAAAAGUUUGAGCAGGCUACUGGAGGCAGCCUGCUACCAAAAAGUCGCAUUUGGAAUCAUGUCAGGAAAUACAUGGUGAAAGAAGGCUGCCUUGGUGAGAUUGUAGUUCAUCUCACUGAGGACCUGCUUUCUCGUGCCUCAAUGACAGUGGUGAAUGGCCGCCCAACUCUGACUAUCAAUGUUUCCACUGCACGUGAGCACUGGCUAGAAGGGAUGCUGAGGCACGAAAUAGGAACUCAUUAUUUUCGAGGUAUUAACAACAACAGCCAGCCUUGGUGCAAUUGGAAUGGACGUAAAAAGCUCGGGUUAAAGCCAAUCAACCCUACCGAGGAAGGCCUGGCGAGUAUUCACAGUGUCCUGUUCCGAAAAGACCCCUUUCUAUGGAGGGCUGCCCUUCUCUACUACACUGUCUAUCAAGCUAGCCAAAUGUCCUUCAGUCAACUCUUCCAGGAUGUGGGGAGAUUUGUCAAGGACCCCAACACUAGGUGGGAUUACUGUGUACGAGCCAAGAGGGGGUGGACUGAUACUUCCCAGCCAGGCUGCUUCAGUAAAGAUCAGGUAUACUUGGAUGGCAUCCUCCAAAUCCUAAGAUACAGGGAGUCUAUCGAUUUCCACUUGCUGAUGGCUCUUGGAAAGGUCUCUUACGAGGAAGUGGAUCGCUUGAAGGAAUUUGCGGUGAUCAAGAACAUGAGAGUACCACACUUCUUGCAGGACCAUGUCAGAUACAUGGAACACUUGGAAAAGAUCAUGGAGGUGAAUGAGCUGACUGACCAAGAGCUCCAGGAUCUCAUAGUGUAACAGUCAGUCAGUCUCUUUUACCGGAAAUCUGUUCUGUAUGCAGCCGAUUAUACAGAACUGGACUUCACCACAGCUUGCAAAAUUAGAAUGUUUUGUUUUCUGGCAAAAAUCUAGACUAUUUAGAUUUGUUAAUUUUUUUUUAAAAAAAGAAAAAAUACAAACCUCAGACUAUCGAUUCAGAAAUGUUUCUUUGAAAAAGGGUUCUUUGAGAUUCUUUCCUCACUCCCAUCAUAUAUAUUGGAGGGUUUUUUUUAAGGUUUUGUGCCUCUUCCAAAUUAAAUUAUGGAUUGAACAUAGGCACAUCAUUUAGAAUUUCCCUUGCAACUGGUCAGUCCCAUUGUCCCUUAAAUGUUCUGUACACUGAGCAGGAUCGUUUGAAAUGUCUUGCUUUUAUGAUAUACUGCUUUUUAUUCUUUCUAUUUAUUCUGUGUUUUGUAAUUUUCCCCCUUGGCUCACUCGCAUUGGCCUCAUUUCUGGUCACGGCCUUCACAACAACCCCCCACAGCAGCAAAAUUGUGGAACUACUCCAGACUAUGCCACCAUCUUCUUAACUCUACCCCAUUGUAUACUGCUUCCCUCCUUGUAAGAUCACAAUGCACAGACACGCUCCCUUGCACAACAGUAUUGUAGUUUGGACAUGCGAGAAAGAGGUGAUUUCCACGCCUCAUGUUUCAAAUAGCAGCGGUUAGGGUUACUGUGUAAAUGGCUGUAAACAGACUAGAAAGUUGCCCUCUUCCUCCCAAGAGGAGUUGUGCUGUUGCAGCACUGAAUAUAUGCCUUUCACUGAAGU